CAAAAGGUAAAUGGCCCCAAUUUGUAGCCCAACAAAAAUUCAAACCAGCUACCCUCACGCUUCGUCUUUGAUACCAGUCUCCGACACUACAGAGGGUCCUGUGUCCGCGUGCGUGCGUUUUUGCACUGUAAUAUCGAUGUCUCCCUCCAACACGCCGAAAUCGGAGAAGAAGAAAACGAAAACCGAAAGCAAAACGAAGAAGAAGGAUAGAGCCGUCGAGAAAGAGGAAAACGACAAGAAGAAGAAUAAGAAGCUCAAGCUCAGCAAUGGCAAUUCGGAACAACACGGCGAGAAGGGAUUAAAAUGCAACGGAGAAGAGGCGAAGACGAACGUGUUUCCGAUGAAUCGUAUCAGGACCAUGAUUAAGGGCGAGGAUCCCGAUAUGCGCGUUUCGCAGGAAGCUUUGUUGGCCAUCAACAAUGCUGUGGAGAAGUUCCUUGAGCAAUUCACGCAGGACGCUUAUGCUUCUUGUGUUCAGGACCGCAAGAAAUCGCUGCAUUACAAGCACCUAGCGCAUGUUGUUAGUAAGCAGAGGAGAUAUGACUUUCUUUCCGAUUUUGUUCCUGAGAAAGUAAAAGCUGAGGAUGCAUUAAGAGAGAGAGAAGUUCAUCAGACAAUGGAGGAUGUUAGAAAAUCUAAAGCAAUCUAGUGGAGAAUCUAAACUUAUACUUUGUUUAAUCACGUCACAUUUUGUAAUGGAAACAUGCACCGGGAUGAGUAAUGCUGUACUUAAGUUUACAUAUUGUAUUUAUGUCCCUGCUUCUCUAUAAUAGUCCAAUUCCCGUAAGUGUACAUGAUAUUUCAGUGACUAUGCAUGCUUAAUGCUCGACCUGCUUUGGGAGCAUGCUGCAGCUGUCAAAUUCCAUAUGUUGAAAAUAUGAAGUUAAUUUGCCCAUGAAAAGAUAUAAA